UCAUCUACUUCAUACUAAAUUUGGUGUAUGAAAAUGAUACUCGUAUUUGAUAAAAAUAGAAGGGUAGAAGAGAAAUGGAUUCGAGGUCUAUUUCUAAUUUCAAAUCUCGUAAAGACUCGCCCCAAUUAUUUUAUAGACGGAUCUGACCCAUUAUAACUUGGGUGGGUUAUGGCUUAUAUUAACGGGGCUCCAACCCAUUGAAUUUCUCUGUCAAAAAAAAAAAAAAAAAAAACGGAUGAACAUAGCCUUGCCUCCUCCUCCUCUCUGUCAGUUAUCCAUUGAAGUUCUCCAUUGAAAUACUUGUAUCCUCCAUUGAAGCAGCUUCUGAGGUAAGCUAUUGUUUCUUUUUGUAAGCAAUCAUAUCAAUUUCACAAUCAAAGUUGGUUGGUAAUGUAUUGCAGAACCCUUUAAUGUUAGGAUUGAACUAUGAUAUUAGACCUCAACUCCCAUGGCCCAGGGCGGCCGCCCCUCCUGCCCUGUACCGGGGACGGGCCUGGUUUCUUUCAGGAUUUAAGCUUAAUUGUGUUUCAAAUGCAUUGGUUUCUCACUUGAAAACCUCAAAAUUUGUCAAUGGUAAAAAGAAGAAAUAUGGGGGUACUUUACCUUCUGUCUUAAGGUCUUUAGAUUCUGAACAAGAUAGUGAGAAAACCCUUAAUUUGUAUGUGGGUAAGUUGAGUCCCAAAGAAUUGACUGUGAUUUUGAAAGAGCAGAGUAGUUGGGAGAGAGUAUUGAAGAUUUUUGAUUGGAUUAGGUUACAGAAGGAUUAUGUGCCUAAUGUUAUUCAUUACAAUGUUGUGUUACGAAUGCUCGGUCGAGCUCAGAGAUGGGAUGAGUUGAGGCAUUGUUGGAUUGAAAUGGCUAGAGACGGCGUUAUGCCUACGAAUAAUACUUAUAGUAUGCUUAUUGAUGUGUAUGGGAAGGCUGGUCUUGUGGAGGAGUCUCUUUUGUGGAUUAAGCAUAUGAGGGUUCGGGAUGUUUAUCCGGAUGAAGUGACAAUGAGUACGAUUGUUAAGGUGUUGAAAGAUGCUGGUGAAUUUGAUAGGGCGGAUAGGUUUUAUAAGGACUGGUGUGAUGGAAAGAUUGAGUUCCAAGGUCUUGAUUUGGAUGAUUUGAAUGAUAUUCAGUCGCAAUCUAAGCUGAAAUCUUUGAGUUUGAAGCAUUUCUUGUCAACAGAACUGUUUAAGAUUGGAGGAAGGUAUUCGCCUGCAAAGGGGGAGAAUUUUGAGAUGGAAAAUACUGUUAGAAAGCCUCAACUUACGGCUACUUAUAAUACUAUGAUUGAUUUAUACAGCAAGGCUGGACGUUUGGAUGAUGCAGCUGGUGUGUUCUCUGAAAUGUUAAAGUCAGGGGUGGCACCUGAUACAAUCACAUUCAAUACUCUUAUUCACACUUGUGGAAGUCAUGGACAUCUGUCUGAGGCUGAGGCGUUGUUUGAGAAGAUGGAAGAAAGGGGAACUAAACCAGAUACAAAAACUUAUAAUACGUUACUUUCUCUUCAUGCUCAAGCUGGAAAUGUUGUUGCUGCCCUGCAAUGGUACCAUAAGAUCAGAAAGGUUGAUCUUUUCCCUGAUGCGGUGACGCAAAGAGCUGUGCUCCAUAUGUUGUGUGAGAGACAGAUGGUUAAAGAAGCAGAAGUUGUGAUUAGUGAGAUUGAGAGAUUUAAAAAACAUAUUGAUGAGCAUUCUAUACCAGGUAUUGUAAAGAUGUAUGUGAAUCAAGGACUGCUUGAGCAGGCUAGAACUUUUUUUGAAAAGUGUCUGGUAGAUGGAGGGUUGUCAUCAAAGACAUAUGCAGCAAUUAUGGAUGUGUAUGCUGAGAUAGGAAUGUGUGCUGAAGCUGAGGACAUAUUCUAUGCAAAAAGAGAUGUUAAAGGGGCGAAGAAAGAUGUUUCUGAAUACAAUGUGCUCAUCAAAGCAUUUGGCAAGGCAAAGCUUUAUGAGAAGGCCUUUUCAGUUUUCAAGAGCAUGAGGAAUUAUGGAACAUGGCCAGAUGAAUGCACUUAUAAUUCUAUGAUACAAAUGUUUGCAGGAGGUGAUCUGUUGGAUCAAGCUAAGGAAGUUUUGAUCCAAAUGCAGGAAGCUGGAUUGAAGCCACAUGUGCAGACUUUUUCUGCUGUGAUUGCUUGUUAUGCACGCCUAGGACUGUUAUCUGAUGCCAUCAGUACCUUCCAAGAAAUGAUUAACGAUGGUUUAAAACCAAAUGAAGUUGUUUAUGGGGUUUUAAUCAAUGGAUUUGCCGAAGCUGGUAGAACUAAAGAAGCUUUAUACUACUACAGAAUGAUGAGAGGUGAUGGGAUUUCUGAAAACCAAAUCAUCUUGACAUCCCUUAUUAAGGCAUAUAGCAAGGGAGGUUACCUAAAGGGCGCCAAAGAGACGUACGAGUCAUUGAAACGAUUAGAGGGUGGACCUGAUAUAGUUGCUUCAAAUAGUAUGAUCAGUCUGUAUGCUGAUCUUGGUAUCGUUUCUGAGGCUAAAGCUAUAUUUGAUAAUGUGCGACUAAAAGGCCAGGCAGAUGGUAUAACAUUUGCUCUUAUAAUGAACUUAUACAAGAACAUGGGGAUGCUUGAUGAAGCUUCUGAAGUUGCUGAAGAAAUGAAACGGGCUGGUUUAGUCACUGAUUGUGCUUCAUAUACCAAGGUAAUGGCAUGCUAUGCAACAAAUGGCCAGCUAGCUGACUGCGGUGAACUGCUCUAUGAAAUGGUCACUCGAAAAUUCUUGCCUGAAGCUAGUACCUUUAAAGUAUUAUUCACAAUACUGAAAAAGGGUGGGAUGCCCAGUGAAGCAAUCCAGCAGUUAGAAGCAUCUUACCAAGAAGGAAAACCUUGGGCAAGUCAAGCUGUCAUCGCAUGUGUUUUCUCAGUCGUGGGGUUGCAUUCUUUUACAAUUGAAUUUUGUGAAGCAUUUACAGAAGCCAUAAACCUUGAUUCUUUUGCAUACAAUGCAGCUAUAUAUGCUUAUGCAGCAUGUGGAAAUACUGAUAAGGCUUUGAAUCUUUUUAUGAGGAUGCAAGAUGAGGGGUUUAGACCUGAUGUUGUUACUUAUAUUAAUCUUGUGAAUUGUUAUGGAAAAUCCAAUAUGGUUGAGGGGGUCAGACGGAUUUAUGGUCAGCUGAAAUAUCAAGAGAUUGAGGUUAAUGAAUCCUUGGUUAAUGCCAUUGUAAACGCUUAUAAAAAUGCUAACAGACCUGAUCUUGCUGAACUGGUUAGCCAAGAGAUGAAAUUUGGUUUUGACAUGAAUUCUGAGUCGGAAUUUGAACUGUAUUAUGAGGAUGAAACCUGAAUAUUGACAGCUUAAAACAUUUUGUAUGAAGUGAUAGCUCCCCUUGGAUUUUUACUGUGUAGACGUAUUGCCUACCAGAAUAAUUUAGAGUCGGUUAAACAUGUGCAGUAUGGUCAGUUCCCCGUCCCCCCUUUUCCGCUCCAACUUUCAGAUCUUUUGUAAAACAUUUUUGUUGUAAAUUUUGUAAUGGUGAACUCCAUGCUUGUAAACAUAAUAGAAGACUAGUAGUAGUGAUGCUGUUGCUGUAAAUGUAGUACUCCAUAAUAUUGAUCCUGUAGCGUGCAAGUCAUUGCUUUGUGGAUAAGUUUUGUUUAUUUUGAUUAAGGCACAUCUACAGUUCGUUUGGUAGGGUGUAAAACAUUUUCAAUGUAAAAUGGUUUGCCAUGAAAAUCAUUUUACAAUGGAAAACUCAUUUUCAAAAAAGUUUUCCGUUGUUUGGUUGAAUGGAAAAUGAUUUUCCAUUUUAAGCAUUUUGUUUGGUUGAACUGAAAAUUAUUUACUAAUGGAAAACUUCAAUUCUAAUUUUA